AUGCCUGAAAUGGAUGGAAGACAAUUUGUCAAACCCACAUCAGACAAGUUGAUGCCAGAGAGGCAGACGAACCCUACUGCUCCAGAUCUCGAGGCUUGCCAGCCUUUAUUAUCACGGACGUCGACUCUGCAGGGCUCACACGGAGGUCCAGACACGCCCACAUUCACCUCCGACAAGGGUCAAGCGCGGAGAGGAGCCUGGUCGAACUGGUCGUUCAGGCUGGAUGCAAGAAUCGUGUCUGAUGCCAUUCUGGGCCUCUCAGAUGGCCUUACAGUCCCUUUCGCGCUGACGGCCGGGCUGACGGCUUUGGGCGAUACCAAGUUCGUCAUCCUCGGAGGUCUGGCCGAAUUGAUUGCUGGAGCCAUCUCAAUGGGCCUCGGAGGAUAUGUCGGUGCAAAGAGCGAAGUUGACUCGUACGAGGCCACGGAUCGCAAGUGCAAUCAGUUGAUGCUGCACGAAUCAGGCACGGCGACCGACUGUGUUCAGGAAUAUUUCGAACAGUUCGGCCUUUCAGCUGAGGAGACGAAAAGAGUAGCCGACCAUAUCAAAGCGUCAACACCGAUGUUCAAAGACUUCCUCAUGCAGAAUCAUUUCCAAGCAGCCAAGCCUGACACCAGUCGGCCGUACCUUUCGGCACUUACUUUGGGCAUCAGCUAUUUUAUCGGCGGAUUCAUUCCUUUGAUUCCUUACUUUCUCGUGGCGAGAGCCGAUGUUUGGUCUGGCCUCUUGUGGUCGAUAGGAGUGAUGGCGGUGGUUCUACUGGUGUUCGGCUAUGUCAAGACUGGAGUUGUCCGUGGGUGGACUGGGCGAGAUAACUACCAAGCUUGCACCGGAGGAGCGGUACAAAUGCUGGUGGUGGGUAUCAUUGCAGCAGGAGCUGCCGUCCUACUUGUUCGGUUAAUCAAUCAAAGUUGA